AUGUCGGAACUUGCUCAGUCUUCUCUCGGCGACCCUCAAAUUAAUGCUGAAUGGCUUGCUGAGCUGUUUUCUCGAAAGUGCGGGAUCUCUCAACCUCGAGAAUUCCAGAUCAAACACGGACUUGACAUCAUCGAAGGGCGCGACGUCUUUCUAGUUAUUGCACCAGGUCAGGGCAAGACGACAGUGUUCUGGGCCUCUCUACUCGCUGCUCAAGCACUCGGCAAGCAGGGUAUCGCACUAUGCAUUGUCCCUACCAAGCUACUUUCUAUACAGCAGAGCGAGAGUGCCCGUCGAGUCGGGCUGCGCGCGAUCACGCUGAACGAGGAUACUGUCCACGACGCGUACUAUGACAAGCGCGACCUUUUCGACGAGCUGCAGAAUGGCGAAGACAUUCGCAUCGCUUUUCUGAGUCCUCAAAUGCUUGCUGGGGAACACAUGAAGAAGCUCCUGCAGAUGUCUAGCUUCAAAGACCUGAUCCGCUGGUUCAUGAUUGAUGAGACUCACUUGCCCGACGACGAGAACCCUCUCUGGCGCGAGAGCUAUUCUGUUCUCAAGACGAUGCGUGCGAACUCUGUCGAAAAGGGACUGGCGAGUGGAAAGGGCCUGGAGUCUGGGGAGUGGUAUGGGCCACUUUGA